AUGAAUUCAAAUCAAUUAAUGGAGAAUUCAGAAAAAUCUGAAAAGUCAACUAUUGGUUAUAAUUGUUUUAAUGAUCAAUAAUUAUCUGUUUUGGAAAGUUUAAAUUAUAGAAAAACUAUUUAAAUAAUGAAAAAUCAUAUUGAAAUAUUUUAGAUAGCUUAACGAGCUCCUUUUCACAUGUCAAUAAUGAUUAAAUAAUAUUAAAAUAAUAGAUAAGAAAUUUAACAUGAUUUUGCUGGUUCAGGAGGUUAUGGAUAAGUCUUUUAUGCUGAAAAUACUUUUGGUAUUCCUUGUGUCGUAAAAGUAUAAAAAAUUGAUAAUAUUGAAGAGUUUAUAUAACAAUUAAAUGAGUAUAAGAUAUAGCAGAUUUUAAAUAAAAUAUUUCCUAUGAAUUUUGUAUAAUUGAUAGAUAAAGUUAUUAUUUUAUAAGAAAAUAUUAACACUUUUAUUUCUUACGCUGGUUUAGAAAUUGCAUUAACAACUUUGGAUGUAUAUUCUAAAUAAGUUAAAAUAGAAUAUGAAGAAUUUCAAAGCAUUUAUCAUUAAAUUUUGAAAUCAAUAAUUAAAAUGCACUCUUUAAAAAUAGCACAUAGAGAUAUUAAACCAUCUAAUAUUAUGUAUAUUAUCAAUAAAGGAUGGGUUAUUGGAGAUUUUGGAUGUGCUCUAAAAUAUGAAAAGUCAUUUGGUGUUUUUUAAAUUGAAGGAACUACUUAAUACUUACCAUAAAAACAUCGGGUUUAAGUAUUGGGUAAUAAUUUUAGUAAAUCGAAGAUGGAUCUAUUUGAAAAUGAUAUUUAUGCUUUUAUUCUAACUAUGUUGAAAAUAUAUAAACAAGAUAGUACACUUUAUUAAUUAUAAAAUAUGUUAGAUGUUUAAAAUACUUACAAAUAAUUACCUUAUGAAUUCUAAAUCCUUAAUAAAAAUUAAUCUGAAUUAUAAUCAUAUUUAGAAAGAAGUGUUACAAAAAUUCCUCUUUAACAAUAAUUUUAUGAUGAAAGAUUUAAUUAAAUUAAAAUUAUACUAAGAUAAAUCAGUACUAAAAAGGAAAACAUUAUUCCUAUUCUCUUUAAUUUAUUCCACUUUAACUAUAGAACAGAAACAUUAGCUUAUCAAAAUUUCAUAAAAAAUGAAGCGAAAAAUUAUGAUGAUUUGAAGAUGUAUAUUGAAUUAAUGGACCCAUACUUUACUGUUUAAUCAAGUAUAUAAAUACCUCAAAUUACUUCAAAAACAACUUUUGAAUAAUAUGAAAUAGUUUCCGAAUAUUGGUUUAGACUAGGUAAUAUAAAUCAAUAAUUAAAACUUUGUUAGUAAUAUUAAUAAUUUUCAUAAGAACAUUAAUUUAAAUUAAAACUAUAGGAAUUAUCAAUUUUAAUGUUUUAAGAAGAAUAUCAAUUGGCUGAUUAAUUAAUUAUCAAUUUAAUCGAUGAUGAAUAAAAUAUGGACGACGUGACAUUCAUCUAGCUUUAAAUUAUCAAAGCUAUAAGAGGUAGAAUAUGGUUGGAAGUAGCAGAUCAAUUUGAAUACUGGGUUAAUGAAUCUUAGAAUUAUGUAGACUACAAAGAGAACUGGUUGUUUUUAACUCUUGGCAAUUUAUCUUGGUUGUACAAAAGUUCAAUAAUUAAGCAUUAUUAUACUCCAAAGGAUCAUAAAAUACAAGAAAUAGUUAAGCAAGAGAACUAAGUAUUUACUUUUUCUUCAACAAAAUAACAAAGAUGGAUUGAAUUAUGUAAUUGGAAAGGUAUUGAUCAUGUGAAUAGUGUUAAAGAAAUGAUAGAAUAAUUAGAAUAAAGAGGAGCUGACAUUUAUGGAAUUAAGAUUUUCAUAUAGUAAUUAAUUAGACGUAUUGAUAUGAGUGAUGAUAAAUAGAAAAUAAUUAAUUUAUUUGAAACAGCAAUUUUAUAUUAUGAACAUCAUUUUCAGAAGUCAAAUUAUUUUUGGGAACUUUAUUUUCAUUAUUCUUAAUAUUGCUUUUCUAUAAAAGAAUUUGAAAAAUCUAUGGAAUUUGCAUUGAUAGCUCUAAAAUUAGUAGAUAUUGAUAAUUAAUAUUAUUAUAUUUAGAUAGAAUUAAUUAUAAUAGCAAUUUUAACAAAAUUAAAUAAUUUCGAUUAAUCUAAAGAAAGAAUUUCAAAAAUUUGGUAAUUCAUUAUUAAAAUCAACUCAAAUAAAUCUAGAUCUAUAUUAUUAUAAAAAUUACAUUCUAUUUUUACAUUAUUUUUCAGAAAUAAUUAGAUUGUAAAUUUAGAAUUAAUUUAUAAAGAAUUAUCUAAUUAUUUAGAAUAAGAAUAAGAUAAUUCAAUUAUUUUAUAGUGUUAAAGAUAUAGAUCUGAUUUAGCAUUUUUUACUCAAAACAGACAAUAAAUUAAUCAAAUCUAUAAAUCUUGGAUACCAUUUUGUUUAGAUACUUAAGAUUUUGAUCCUUAACUAUUUGCAUUAUUUUAGAAAUAUGUUUACAUUUAAUAAUAAUUGAUGAAAAGUGACUCUGAACAAUAAUAAUAUCUUUCAGAUUUGGGUAAAUUCAAUUAAAAUUUUAUUAUUUAUGAUGAUAUAAUUGGAUUAAAAGGACAAGAAGUUUUACAUAUCUAAAAUAGUUAAUGGUAAUAUUUAUAAGGAGCCGAAUAAUUAAAUAAAGAAUAAUUAUUUAAAUAAAUGGCCAUCUAAUAGUAAAAGUAUUUCGAAUAUAAUUGUUAUUAAGAUAUAAAUAUUAUUCAGAAUUUAAAUAAUGUCAUAAUAAAUUAUUCAUGA